AUGCUACAUUACAUUUUAGAACUUCGUUCUGCAGUUGGUUCUAUAUAUCAAAGUGAACGUACAGGAGUGAUUGCUUUGGAACAGAAUAAAGUGUUAAUCGGUUCGAAUCGAUAUAUUGCAUGGGGCUUUCCAGACCGUUCAAUUCGCAUGGGGCAAAUCGACUCCGAUAAGUCAUCAUGCAUCCAUGAAAUGUGCGAUGCCGACGAAUUAACAUGUAUUGCUAGUGGUGACGAUCGCACAUUGUUCUGUGGUAGCAGCACUGGUUGUGUAGUUUGCUCCGCUCAUGCAUUUGUUGUAUCUGCUAGUCGAGACUGUUCGGUGAUACUGUGGCAUCAGUCUGAGUUGUACUUGAUCCGCCAGUUGCCAUUGCACCCAAGUCCUGUAUCAGCAGUAGCCAUCAACGACACUACUGGUGAUAUAGCAACGUCUUGCACAACCUUACUACACUUGUGGUCGAUAAAUGGUGAUUUGUUAGCAGUUGUGAAUACUUGUGACUCGAACAUUAUCAUGGAUCCGUCGCAAAUGAUUCUUAGCAUCACAUUUAGCACGAUGAAUGAAUGGGAUUCGGACAACGUGGUUGUGUGUGGAACCAGUGAUGGGGUUGUAAAGAUAUAUUCGUGUGUGAUGAUGGAGAACGAUGGCUCUGUGGAAGCACCACACAUUGAACCACAACUCAAACCAGGUGCUUCCUCAUCUGCCAGUGUUCACGCUCGAUUAGAUCGCGUACGCCGUCGACUGAAAGUAGGGGGAAGUCAGGAUACCAGUGAAGCGCAUAGUCCAGAACCACCUGCAAGUCCAAAGAUGUCUACAUCGUACGAUGAAAGUGAAGGGAUAGAACGCCCUGAGUGUCCUCAAUAUGUACGUGUCCUAAUGCAAAGGGCAGCACUUACUGUACAUACGGCGUUCAAUCGACCAGACAACACCCACCCAGCACCUAUCACAUGUCUUGCGCCGAGCAGAGACCACAAAUCUUUUCUGGUUGGUGACGGAAUUGGACGGUUAUGGUGCUGGCAAGCCGGUGAGGAUGGGGGGCGAGCUGACCAUUGGGUUCAGGACGUUGCACGUCAAAGAUGUACUCAAUGCCAGCAUAAAUUCUCCAUAGCUGAUCGAAAACAUCAUUGUAGAAACUGUGGGCAGAUUUUCUGUGCUAAAUGUAGUCGAUUCGAAUCACACAUUACACAUAUGAGGAUCUCUCGACCAGUUCGUGUUUGUCAAAAUUGUUUCCUUCGUUUAGGAGCACAGACGUGA